UCCAUGGCGGAGUCCUGAUAAACCCUAAUGCAAAAUUGCAAAACCCAGAAAACCCCAAAAUGAUCUCUGCGACUAAUCAAAGCUAAUUGUUUAAAACCAGAUCACUUGAUUUCCCAGUGUGAAACCCGAUUCAACUUCAAAGAAACCCAAAUAUGCACUAUCUUCAACGCUUAGCUGCUAUUACCCUAAGAAGAGCAAGUCCAAUCAAUGGACUCGCCUCUGCAAUCCCUAAAAUGCAUUUGAAUUCAAGUACUCCUUUCAAUUCCCUAUCCACUAAAAUCGGCGACGACGAAUGGAAUGAUGCCUGGGAAACCGCCUGGCUGCCGGAGGACCUCACGGAUAAAAACCGAGCUUCAUGGGAGACGGAUGUUAAUUUGCCUUCGACAGAAUCGACGGUGGUGCUGUCGCCAGAGGUGGAUGCAGAGACCAAGGCAUUUGUUGAGGAAAUGAAUGAGAACUGGAACGAGAGGCGGAAAAAGACGAAUACUCAACAAUUGCAACAAGAUAAAGAAGAGAAGAAAGGAAUUGAGAAUGGUAGCUCCCUUUAUAGUUUGGAGAAUAUGAAGAAGGAUUAUAGGUUAAAGAAACAGAGAAUCCAUGCUGGGUUGUGGAUGAAGGAGAUUGAGAAGCAGGAGGAGGCUAAGCUGAGGGAUUCAGGUGUAGGCGCUGCAGAUGAUAUUGACAGAUUGCUAGAUAGCUGCUCUGAGAUUUUUGAUAUUCCCAAUAAUGACUUGGACAACCCAAAAGUCCCAAGCUCUUCUGAGUUUAAAAGCAAGCCAGAUGGUUGGGAAACAACAUCCAAGACACAAGAUGGAAACAUAUGGGAGAUGUCACAAAGGGAAGAAGAUAUUCUCCUCCAGGAAUUUGAUCGUCGAAUUGCGUACAGUAAAUUCCAGAUAGCUAGUUUUAUCAAGACUCACAUAUUUAGCCGGCGAAGACCUAUUGAUGGGUGGAAAUAUAUGAUAGAGGAGAUAGGACCAAAUGCCAGGAAAGGGAAGGGUAGUGUUUCAAGGUUACCAAGUCUUUCCGACUCAUCAACUCAACCAUUCAAGGAGGAGAGGACAGCCAUUGGCAACAAUUUCAUGCCUUUAAAGGGGAAAUAGUUCGAUUCUGGAUAUCCCUUAACUCCACUACUGUAAUUAGCAAAUGAUCACUGUAAGAACAUCGAUGGCUUGCCUGCCUGUGCUACAAUUCAUGGCUCCAUGUUCCCAAUUUUUUUCUGAAACAGCAGUUAUUGUACUCAAUGGCCACCUUGUUUUGGUCAUCCCGUUGUUACUACAGCCAAAUAAACGUAAAUAGAGCAAUACAUUUUUCAUUGCAUUACAUUGAUAAUUAUAUUUCAUUUCA